AAAGAUUAAAAUUUGUUUUUGAUAUUAUUGGUGAUAUGUGCCAAUAUAUUCGUAAAGUUUAAUAUUACAUUGGCAUAACAAAAAUCCUUUGAUUUUGUAACAGUGUAAACUGAUUUCAACUUGUAUUUAACCUACUUAAAAACAACAAACCUAUAUCAUUCGUGAUCAAUUUUACAAAAAUAUUUACAAAAUGGUCUUAUUUUAAAGAAUGAUUUGACGCUUUUAAUCUCUUAUACUCUUUACACUAGCAUCAGUUUGUCGAUAGAUGUUGGUAUUGAAUAACAAUGCAGAUGCAUAAAGUAGUUGAAGCAAUUAUUGAAAAAUGACUAACAAAUGAAAUGUUAAUAAUCAUUGGUGGUUAAGAAAAUAAAACUAUAACAUGGAGUCCAAAGAUACUCAAUAUAAAGUUCUGAGAGAUUUUAUGGCAAAUAAUAAAACAUCAAUUGAAAAUAACAUUAUUGUAGAACAAUUUAUAGAAGAUGAAGUACUUGAAACAAGCACAAAGCAACUGUUAUUACAAAAUGAUAUACUAUUCUACUCUGUUAUUGAAAUGGAAAAUGAAACUAUAAAAAACGAAUCAGAAGCUAUUGUUUCUGAGACUGAGGCUACUGGUGUGCUUGUAGGAGACCGUACUUCUCAUAAAAAUAGCGUUAUUGCACAACAAUUUAUACAAAAUGAAAUAUCUGAUAUCUUAACGCUAGAAAAUAAGAGCAUAAAAAUGGAACCGAAAAAUACUGUAGUUAAUAGAAUUAUAGAUGAUCAAUCAUCAUUUGAAAGUGCUGGUUCUGUAAAGGUGAUAAUAAAGGAUAAAGAAACUGAAGCAACCAUGGAGCAAUUAUUAGAAAAUAAAUCGGUAUUAAAAAAUGAUAAAAGUACACAUAAACCAGACAGUCAUAAUGCUUGUGAUAUUUGUGAGGAAAAAUUUUCGUCCUCCAGUUUAUUGACAGCUCAUCGCAAAUCUCAUACUGCAGAGAAACCUUAUACAUGCACUGAAUGCUAUAAAAACUUUACUGCUAAGCAGUCACUAUGUGAUCAUAUGAAACAACAUACUGGUGAAAAGCCGUACUCUUGCACUGAAUGUAAACAACGUUUCGCCCGUCAGUAUACACUCAAUCUUCAUAUGAGGCGACAUUUUGGUCAAAAACCCUACAAAUGCAGUGAAUGUGAUAAAAAUUUUGCUGUUAAACAAGAACUCGAUCUUCAUAUGAGGCGACAUACUGGUGAAAAACCCUUCGCAUGUACCGAAUGUGAUAAAAAUUUUGUUGUUAAGCAUGCACUCAACAUUCAUAUGAGACUUCAUACUGGACUAAAACCCUACAAAUGCUUGGAAUGUGAUCAAAACUUUGCUGUUAAGCAAAAACUCGAUAUUCAUAUGAAGCGACAUACUGAUGAGAAACUCUUCACAUGUACUGAAUGUGAUAAAAGUUUUGCUGAUAAGUAUGCACUGAAUCGUCAUAUGAGACAACAUACUUCUAAAACUCCAUACAUUUGCACUGAAUGUAAUCAAAAUUUUACUGCCAAGCAGUCACUUAAUUAUCAUAUGUUGCGUCAUACUGGGGAAAAACUACACAAGUGCACUGAAUGUAAUAAAAGUUUUAUUGCGAAGAGAACCCUCAAGCAGCAUAUGAAACAACAUACUGGUGAAAAGCCUUACUCAUGUACCGAAUGUAAACGAAGUUUCGCUCAUAAAUAUACACAAAUUCUUCACAUGAGACGACAUACUGGUCAAAAACCGUACUCAUGUACUGAAUGUGAUAAAAAUUUUGCUGUCAAACAAGAACUCGAUCAUCAUAUGCGACGACAUACUGGUGAAAAACCCUUCAAAUGCGUUGAAUGUAAUAAAAGUUUUUCUGUUAAGCAUGCACUCAAUCGUCAUAUAAAGCAACAUACUGGUGAAAAACCAUAUAAAUGUAUUGAAUGUGAUCAAAAUUUUGCUGUUAAACAAGAGCUCGAUCUUCAUAUGAGGCGACAUACUGGGGAAAAACCCUUUACAUGUACUGAAUGUGAACAGAGUUUCGCUCGCAAUUACACACUCAAACUUCAUAUGAGGCUACAUACUGGUGAAAAACCCUACAAAUGCACCCAAUGUGAUAAAAAUUUCAGUAUUAAGAGUUCACUCAAUGUUCAUAUGCGGCGACACACUGGACAAAAACCCCACAAAUGCACUGAAUGUGAUAAAAAAUUUACUGUUAAACAAGAACUUGAUCUUCAUAUGAGGCGACAUACAGGUGAAAAACCCUUUACAUGCACUGAAUGUGAUAAAAGUUUUGCUGUUAAACAAGAACUCGAUCUUCAUAUGGUGCGACAUACGGGUAUAAAACUGUACGCAUGUACUGAAUGUAAUAAAAGUUUUGCUGUUAAGCGUGCACUCAAGCGUCAUAUGAAAGGACAUAUUAGUAAAAAGCAACACAUUUGCAAUAAAUGUGGGAAACAAUUUCUACGACCUAGUGAUCUCCGUAAGCAUAGCAAAACUCAUUUACAUGAUAAACAUGAAGUAGAAUCCAAAAUCAGUAAGGAUCUUCAACAAUAUACUAGAAUUGAUUCAUCUGAAAGCAAACGGGAACAUAAAGCCCAGGGGCAUAAGUUCAAAUGUAAAGAAUGCAAAUCGAUGUUUGCAACCGAGGCAGAACUUAGGAAUCAUUAUGACAUUGAAAAUCAUAUAGAUUCAAAUAAAGAUUUGAAAUCUCACAUAUUGAAAACAUCUAAAGAGCAUGUGGAAAUUUAUCACAAAACUAACAUUGCUCAAGAACUAGAAAAUAAUCGUUUCAAAUGGUCACUUUCAAAGAUUUACAGAAUAGAUGAUUUCAACGAUAAUGCAAUUGAAAAUGUUACUGCAACUGAUAACAAUGUUUUGCUGAGAGUAAAAACUGAAGAACAUACAUCGAUGGAAGAUAGUAAUAUUGAACAAGAAUUUAUAAAAAAUGAAGUAACCGAUGAAGUAAACGCAGAUAUAUUAUUACCAAACGAAAUCCACAAUUCGCAAAAAAGUGACACCUUCGAGGAUGAUAUUGGUAAACAACAUUUUAUAAAAGAAGAAGUAUGUGAAACUGUUACAGAAAAUUUAUCAUUUGAAAACGAACUGUACACAGUUAUAACGGUAGAAAACGAGACUAUUAAAACGGAACCAGAAACUACCCUUUCUGAGGCAUCAACUGAUGUUAUUAUGAACAAUCGAGCAUCGUUCGAAGUUAACGUUCCUAUGCAAAACUCUGUAAAACAGAAUGAAAAUGAAUCAGCUACAAAGCAAUCAUUGCAAGAAAAUGAAUCAAAAUCGAAUAUGCAUCUAAAGGAACACAAUUUUGCUUGGGACUUUUGUAAAAAGGAAUUUGCAAAUUUGAGCUUUUUGAACAAACAUCGUCGUUCUCACUCUGGUGAAAAACCAUACACAUGUACUGAAUGUGGUAAUAGUUUUGCUGGGAAGAAGUCACUCAAGCGUCAUAUGAGUCAACAUACUGGUGAAAAGCCAUAUGCCUGCUCCGAAUGUAAUAAAAGGUUUGCUAUCAAGGAGUCACUCAAUCUUCAUGUGAAACGACAUACUGGUGAAAAACCUUACAAAUGCACCGAAUGUGAUCAAUGCUUUACUAUUAAAGAAUCGCUCAAGCGUCAUAUGAGACGACAUACUGGUGAAAAACCAUACACCUGUACUGAAUGUAAUGAAAGUUUUGCUAUUAAGGUGUCACUUAAUUUUCAUAUGAUGCGACAUACUGGCGAAAAACCCUACAAAUGCUCUGAAUGUAAUCAAAGUUUUACUGUUAAGGAGUCACUAAAGCGUCAUAUGAAGCGCCAUAGUAGUGCUAAACCCUACACAUGCACUGAAUGUAACAAAGGGUUUGCUGCCAAAGGGGAACUCAAACUCCAUAUGAAACGACAUACUGGGAAAAGGCCAUACACAUGUACCGAAUGUGAUCAUAGUUUUGCUGUAAAGCAAGCACUUAAACGUCAUAUGAUUCGACAUACUGGUGAAAAAGCGUACACAUGCACUGAAUGCAAUCAAAGUUUUACUGUUAAGGAGUCACUUAAUCUUCAUAUGAAACGACAUACUGGUGAAAAACCACACGCUUGCACUGAAUGUGGAAAAAGUUUUCUACGAGCUAUUGAGUUACUUUACCAUAGUAAAACUCAUGUACGUCCAUUUGGUUGUAACCAGUGUGAACUAAAAUUCAAAACUUUUAAGCAAUUAGAGCAGCAUACUAAAAUUCAUUUGUUAAAGCGUAAGCAUGAAAAUGAAGCCCAAGAGCUUAAAUUCCAAUGCAAAGAAUGCAAUGUAAUAUAUAAGACACAACAUGAAUUUAAAACCCAUUAUGAGUCCGGACUUCAUAUAGUUAUGUACAACAAUAGCAGCCUUAAACAUGGGGAAGAAGGAAGACAAACAGACUGCAUAGUAUGUUAUAAAAAGUUUGAUUCAGUGAAAGCUUUGAACUCUCACAUACUUGACAUACAUAAAGAGCAUACGGAAAUUCAAUACAAUGCUAACAGUGCCCAAGCGUUAGAGGUAAUUGGUUCCAAAUCGUUAUUAAGAAAACUUAACAAAAUUAAUGAUUCAAAGGAGAAAUCAAUUGAAAAUGUUGUUACUUCAGUUGGUAAUAAGAGCAUGUUACGAAUAAAAUCUCAACAACAAACAUUUACUAAAACAACCACGGAAAAAUUAUUAUUAGAUAAUGAAGUGUACACUAAAUUACAAAAUGAAAAUGUAAAGAUGGAGCCUAAAACUGGUGAUGAUCCAAUAUCUUUCCAAGAUUAAAUUAUUGUUGAACAAUUUAGAAAAAAUGAUGUACCUGAAUUAAGCACACAGCAAUUAUUACAAAACGAAAAGUUUUUUACACUAAUCUAAAAGCGAAUCUAAAAAUGAAACCGCAUUCUACUACUGUUAAUAAAACUCUGCUUCAUGCCAUUACAGAUGAUUACAUUUCAAAAAAAAUGAAGUACUUGAAAUAUUCACAUAUAAAUUAUUAUUCAAAAAUGGAAUUUAGAAUGAUAUUACCAUAGAAAAGAGAAAAAUAAAAAUGGAACCAAAAACAGCUAUUUCUUACGACUUUUCAAAAGUCCGAAUCAGAGAAAUAAAUGUAUAACUUUUUUUUACAUAA